CAGAGAGACCAACUUGGAGAGCAUCAAUCUCAGAUCAUGUUCGACGCGGGUUGAUGGUAUUAAGAGGUUUGUUAAAGCGACGAAUUAAUAACCUCUUAACGUUUCGAAGGAUUAGAAAGAAAGGCUUAAAGACGCAACCGAAGCUUCUUAUAGACAGGCCGAAAACAAUAUAUGAUUGGGCCCAUAAACAAUGUCCAAUUCGAUGAUCCAACAUUCGGUGGUGAUGUGGAGAGAUGAAGCUAUAUGAUUGGUUAGAAUUAAUAGUCCUACGUGGAUAGGCUAAAUGGGGUUUAUAUUUGGCUUUUAGUAUUGUUAGAUGGUAGGAUUUGUGACUAAACGACCUGAACAAAAAAAAAACUAUCUGAAAUUAAUGAUUUAAAUUAAAUAUAUAAAUCUAAUUAAUAUCUAUAUAUAUAAUUUUAAAUUCUAUAUUUAAUAUAAAAUCAUUUUCAUCUUAAUUUAUAUAUGAAUUACAUAUAACCAUAUUAAUUUAAUAUAAAAUGAUCUAGGUAGCAUUAAAUAUAUAUAUUAAAAAUAAUAUUAUAUAUCUAUAUAUAUAUGGUAGAUGCUAAAUCUAUUACAAUAGUGGAUAAAUCUUAUUAAACCGGACUACCCGAGCUACAAGGGAACUACCGAACUAGGGUUUUGGGCUUUUUCUCUCUAUUUAUGAGGGUUUUGUGUUCUUCUUUCUAUAGAUGUCUUCUUCCACAACUAUGGCAAAGGAAGAGCAAUCCUCGAAACCAUUGUCUCUGAUUACGUCACUUCCCCAAGACGUCAUCGUUGACAUCUUAGCCCGUAUAUCGAGAUUCGACUAUCCAACACUCUCCCUAGUUUGCAAGCACUUCCAGUCAAUAGUAACGUCGCCAGAGAUAUUCACAAGACGAGCCUUGUUGGGACGCACGGAGCACUGUCUCUAUGUUGUUCUAUGUUUGCAGAACCAUACGCGUAUUUAUAUUCUCCGCAAGAACAAAACAAACGGCGAUACCCCUUUGGUCUUGAUCCCGUCGCUUCCUGCUAUGCCUUUGUAUCUAAACUUCGUAGCAGCUGGGUCGAGGAUAUACGCGUUUGCUCGGAAGAGCGAUUACGAAAUGAUGACAUUAAGCAUUGACUGUGGAUCUCACAGCGUGCAACCCUUCCCUAGUAUACCUACACACCUGAAUCUUAUAGUGGCUGGCGUCAUAGAGGGGAGAAUCUACGGAGUUGGAUGUCGCUUUUCGGAGGAGUGGGAGAAGGUGAUGGUGGUGUUCGAUACAAAAACACAAGUGUGGGAGCCUGGGAUGAUAUCAGUAAUGAAGGAGGGUUUUAUGUGUGGUUGUGUGGUGAUGGCUGACAAGAUGUACACGAGGGAUUAUGCUAACAGCUUUGUUUACGAUCCAAAAGAGAAUAAAUGGGAAAAGGACGAGAUGCUGAAUCUUCACAAGUGGGAAAAUGCGUGUGUUAUUGAUGACGUGUUGUACUACUUAGAUUGUAAUGAGAAAGAGUUAAGGGCGUAUGAUAGAAAGCGGAGGUGUUGGCAAGUGGUGAAAGGUUUGGAAGCAUUGUUGCCCGAGACGAGAAGAAGAAAAGAGUGGUCACAGACUGUGAAUUACGAUGGGAAACUGGCUUUGUUUUAUCCUAAAGAAAACUGUGAAAUUUGGUGCGCGGAGAUUUCGCUAGAAACACGUCAAGGAGGGGAGAUUUGGGGUACUGUUGAGUGUUGCCGUCAUCUCGUGACUUCGCAAUCAUGCUUUAUGAAAGCUCUAGAUGUUGUUGUCUGAUACCACACCUCUCCAUAUAAUAAACUUGUGCUUAGUUCCUUUUUAUAAAAGUUUCCUUGUCC